GUCGUGGAAUGCUAUGCUGAUCUCCAUGAGCUGGUUGCCGAGUCUGUCUGCUGCAGCCCUUUCUGAGCCUUCAGCUGUCAGGAAGCUCUGCUGUGCUCCUUGCCACGGGAUUGGAAUGAAAACUGACCUUUUCCAGUCCUGUGGCCACUGCUGA